AUGACAGUCUCUGUGACCAUCGAUCAUUUCGUGGUCCAGACAUGUUUGACGGUCAACGCCAACGCGAUGCCUCGGAUUCGGAAGAAAAAAACAAGUCGGUCUCAGCAAGACAUAAGCACCGGGACAGAUCACUCUCGCAAGUGGAUCAAGGGCGUCGUCCUCUGUUCGUGGGUUAUUGCCGCAGUCCUCGUCUUGAACAUUAUCCUCACCGUCGCCGCCGUCGUUGUCGCCUAUUCAAAAAACAACGAAAAGACAUUCUCCGUUGCGUCCCUGUAUAUGGGGAAAUGCUCCGUGGCCAAAAACUCGACCACCGGCGUGCACCUCGUGAUUAACAUCCUGAGCACCGCCAUGCUCGGCGCAAGUAAUUACUGCCUGCAAUGUCUUGCGUCUCCGUCGCGAUCGGAAGUGGAUGAAGCGCACGGCCAAAAGACCUGGCUCCAAAUCGGCGUGCCAAAUAUCGUCAGUCUCCUCCGUAAUCAACGAGGGAGACGAUGGUAUCUGGGAGCUGUUCUGCUCACCACGUCGCUGCCGAUCCAUCUGAUUUACAAUUCUGCCGUGUUUUUCUCGGUGGGACCGGCUGAAUACACUGUCGUCGUUGCGCAGGACAACCUCAUCCGCUAUCACGAUAAUUCGACCAUCUUCGAGCAAUGCUUCGCUGAGAACGUCGGUAUUGAGCCUCUGCAAUUCAACGCGGCGCUCAAGGAUGGGGGCUUCAAAACACUUUCUAAACAAGACUGCGUUGAGUCCUUUGCCCAAGAUUAUGCAUCCGGGCAGCGAACACUCGUCCUGGUAACGAACGCCUCCAUGCCGGACUCACAACCAGUAGCUUGGGUGGGGAAGGGGAACUAUCGAAGCUUCGACGUGAAAAGCGACAGUGUCUUCGGAUGGCUAUGUGGCGACGACUAUCGCUGCAGCAAAAGCCAGGCUGAGGGACUCAUCGAGGAUUGGUCAGUCCAGGCACGGAGAUGGUCGACUCCCAGCCUACGUCUCAAGAUGCCUACGGCAAGGGGAGACUAUACUUCCCAGACCUAUAUUACCCCAGGAUCAUACGACUUCCCUGACACGGAAGACACUCGUCGUCUAGCUGAUCUAUUGGACAAGGAUCCGUUCAAAGAAGAGCUGCAAGCAGACCUCGAUAACCCUGCCCUCUGGGAUGACAGUUCCUUUGCGAAGAAUAUUGAGAUCCUGAGCCAGGAGACCACCUGCGCGUACUCGGAAUAUGAGCCUGAUAAAUUGCCACGGAGAUACCCCAUCGACCACUGCAUGUCGCUGCCAAGUCAAGAAACCUGCCAGCUCUUCUUUAGCCCACUGAUCUGCAUCAUCGUCAUCGGUUGCAAUAUAGUCAAGCUGAUCUGCACGCUACUCACCGCGCGCGACAGCAGAGAGGACCUCUUCCUGACUGUCGGAGACGCAAUCUCAUCUUUCUUAACCCAUUCAGACCCGACCACCGAGCGGGCCUGUCUCCUUUCCAAGGCCGCCGUGAACAAAGGAACGCUGGGGUGGUGCAAAUACACGCGCAAGCCCCGUAAGCCUCGGCAAUCUGACGCAAAAGAGCCACAGCUUCCCGUCCGCCUACCUCCCCGACAAAGAUGGUUUCAAGCCGCGAGUAUAUCGCGCUGGCUCUGCACGCUCGCCAUAUUCGUCGCAAUCCUAGUCCCAGCCGGUAUAGUCCUCCGCCUCGGCAUCAUCGACUUCACAAAAUCCUACGGAGGAAAUUCCAUCUGGUCCUCCGGCCUCGGCGAAGUCACUACGGCCACAAUCCUCAGUAGCAUGGACAUCCCCGCCACAGCAAGCGGCAUCUUCUCCAUGGUGUUCAUGGCCAACAUUCCGCAGCUGCUCGUCUCCGCAGUCUACUUCCAGUACAACGCCCUCCUUACCUGCAUGCUCAGCGCCGUCGAAUACGACAAGUACGCCACGGACCGCAAACCCCUGCGCGUCUCCUGGCCCCGCCGCGACCAGCGCUCCACUUACUACCUCAGCCUUCCCUACCGCUACAGCCUUCCCCUACUUCUCGUCUCCGCCAUCCUCCACUGGCUCGUCUCCCAGAGCCUGUUCUUCGUGCAGAUCGUCCCGUUCGACCGGAGGGGCGUCCCUCAACAAUCCGAGCAGGUCGUUACCUGUGGCUAUUCGCCUCUCGCUAUUAUCUGCGCUAUGAUUCUGGGCGUUGCGCUUCUUCUCGGAGUCGGCCUGCUUGGCUUGCGCCGCUUUAAAUCCCGUAUGCCGCUCGCGGGCCAGUGCAGCGCUGCUAUCAGCGCUGCCUGCCAUCCUUUAUCUAGUACAGACGAUCAUGCCUUGAAACCUGUGCAGUGGGGUCGGCCGACUGAGACGGGCUUCUUUCAUUGCGCUUUCUCGUCGGGUGAGGUCUCUGAGCCGAGCGCGGAGCGCUUUUAUGCUUAG